AUGAGAAAAUUCGAAAUCAAAUCCGUUGCCGUCGUUGGGGCUGGAGCUGCUGGUGCUAUUACAGCAGCAGCUCUCAAAGCCGAAAACUACUUUGAUAGGAUUCGCGUCUUUGAGCGAAGGGAAACACCCGGUGGCACCUGGAUUUAUGAUCCAGAUCCAAGUGUCGCAACCACUCAGCCUGGAGCUCUACCGAUAGACAUCGAUAAACCACUAGUGGUUCCAAAAAACCUACCUACUACAGCGGCCCCAAGUCAGCAGGAGAGAUAUGCACACACACCAAUCUAUCAUAAUCUCACUACAAAUGUUCCUCAAAUCGCCAUGUCGUUCUCUGAUUUACCCUUCUCUUAUGGGCCAUUCGUCCCACACUACGUACCUCGCCAGUACAUAGAGUCCUACUUCUCAGUUCAUAAGACCGAUGGAUACCUGUCACUCAACACCACAGUGGAAGAUAUCUCGCCGCUGCCCUCGACCUCCAGUAAUGGCUUGCACUCGUGGAGACUGACGCUGCGCAAGUACGACCCAUUGCGACGGAUUGAUAUAUGGUGGCAGGAGGACUUUGACGCUGUUGUUCUUGCAAACGGACACUAUGCAGUCCCCUGGGUUCCCCAAGUUCAAGGCUUGGAAGCAUACGUGGAAAAGUUUCCAGGCAGAGUGAUACACUCCAAAUUCUAUCGCUCUCCCUGGCUAUACACCGGCAAAAAGGUGCUUGUCAUCGGAAACUCGGCUUCAGGUCACGAUAUCACUGUUGACUUACUGCAAGCUGUCCAGCUUCCGCUUUACCAAUCACGAAGAUCACAAGGAAGACUUGAUGGCGAUGAACCACCCGCAGGGGUGGAAUGGAAAAAGGUCAUCAAGGAGUAUCGUCUAGAUGGAACAAUCGUAUUCGAAGAUGACAGCGAGCUCACUGACAUUGACCAUGUCCUUUACUGUACCGGCUAUCUUCCUUCCUAUCCUUUUUGGAAUGCUGAAGCAAACGGACGCCCACUAUACGACUACAAGAAGAAAAAACUUGUCAACACUUACUGGCACACCUUCUUCCAAGAUAUCCCCAACUUGGCAGUUGUCGGUAUGCCACGAGUCCUUACCUUCAGGAGCUUCGAAUACCAAGCUAUAGCGAUUGCACGACUAUUCUCAGGUCGGAACGCGAUACCUCUCCCUUCUAGAGAGGAACAGGAGAAGUGGGAACGUAAUAGAGAGAGUCGAUGUAGACAAGAAGGACGCAAGUUCCAUGAGAUCGAAUGGGAGAAUGGCGAGACGUUUAGAUGGUUGGAUGGGUUCUUCCAGAUUGCAGGGUUGGGGACAUUACACGGUGAUGGUAGAGUACCACCAGUGUUGGGAAAGGAUCUCAUUUGGGCCAUAGAGCAUGUCAGGAAGUAUCCAGUACCAGGUAAAGAUAAAAAGCAUGAAAAGGGAGAGGGUUUGGAGUAUAAAGAAUCCGAGUGGACUUUAGUUCACACGCCCAAGAAGGACCCUUUACUUUUUAUUUGA